AUGGGUAUCCGCCGUGGUCAGGCACUCGGCCUCGCCUUGAGCAUCGUCAUCAUCUAUUUCCUCUUUUUUGCAGGGUCAGAUUCGACCGAUUUCCGAAGGACCACUGAAGCAUCUUUGUCGCGACGUCGAGGUGUCCUGCGUGGUUCACUAUCCGACGCAGACUUGACGGCUCACACCAACCGAGAGCUACAGAAGAUUCUGGAUAAGCAGAAGGCCAUCAGUGACCAGGCUACGUUCAACGGAGAUGGCGACGAGGUUGCUAUUGCAGGGAGGGUUUCCAUGCCCAAGACGAAUGACAAGCCGAAAUAUCCUAGUGGCGUUGCAACUGGUCAUCACGAUGAGGAUGAACCCUUGGACGGUGAGAGUAUGGCGCGGGAGGAGUUACAGGCGAUUCUCAAGAAGAGUCCAAUCAUCAUCUUCUCAAAGUCCUACUGCCCCUACUCCAAACGUGCCAAAGCACUCCUUCUCGAGACCUACACCAUCUCACCUACUCCCUACGUCGUCGAGCUCGAUUUGAUGAACAAGCCUAUAUCCAGACCUGCCCGGCAGCACAAGUUGGAUCAGGAGGAGGGUGAGGGUGGUGACGCACCUCCGCCCACCAUCGGCCGCAAACUCCAAGAUCUACUCGCAAGCCUGACCGGGCGCCACACCGUGCCGAACAUCAUGAUCAAUGCCCAGAGCCUAGGUGGUAGCGAUGAUAUCGCUCGCAUGCAUGCUGACGGUACACUUGCCGAUGAGAUCAAGAAGAUGGGUGGGAAGAGGAUUGUCAGUGUCGAGAAGUCUAAGCACAGCGAAGAGACCUGA